UGAAGCGAAGGUAGCGAAACAAAGCAAAGCAAAAGAAGCCACAACUUCUGCUCUCUCUCUCUCUCUCUCUGUGAAAACCCAUUCAUUCCUCUCACUUUCUCUUUCUCUCUCCUUUCGACACUUUUUAUUUUUUUGAGUUUCGCUGGAGAUGCUGUCGACGUCGCUUCAUUCUCCGGCGACGGAGUGAGAAUUUCUUAAACCCUACUAUACCAUGCAAGAGACGCUUCUCACACUCUCUCUCUCCCACCAAGACAUUCACAUUCACCCUAACGCACCGAAGAAGAAAAAAUCUCAACCGAAACCGGGAACCGACGCGGCUUCUCGCGCGUCGCGGCGCGUGAGCCCUGCUGUUUCUCCUUCCUCUGCCGCCGAGAAGUCUCUCCCGAACGGCGACAUCUACACCGGAGCCCUGUCGGGGAACGCGCCGCACGGCACCGGAAAAUACCUCUGGUCUGAUGGGUGCAUGUAUGAGGGAGAGUGGAAGAAAGGAAAAGCGUGUGGGAAGGGAAGGUUCUCGUGGCCUUCAGGAGCCACAUACGAAGGGGAAUUCAAGUCGGGUCGAAUAGACGGGUUCGGGUCAUUCAUCGGUGUCGACGGCGACAUGUACCGUGGGUCAUGGGUGGCAGAUAGAAAACACGGUUUCGGAGAGAAACGUUACGCUAAUGGUGACGUGUAUGAGGGCUGGUGGAGGUGCAACUUGCAGGAGGGGGAAGGGAGGUACAGGUGGAAGAACGGGAAUGAGUACGUUGGGGAGUGGAAGAACGGUGGUAUUUGGGGAAAAGGGGUUUUGGUUUGGGCUAAUGGGAACCGUUAUGAAGGGUAUUGGGAGAAUGGGGUUCCUGUAGGGAAGGGUGUGUUCACGUGGUGUGAUGGAAGCACGUGUGCUGGGAAUUGGGGUGAGGAGUUUGUGAAGAAUGUGGUAGAGGUGGAGGGAAGGAAGAGAUCUUCGGUGGAUGGGUGUAAGAGUGUGAGUUUUCCCAGAAUUUGCAUUUGGGAAUUGGAUGGAGAAGCUGGGGAUAUUACGUGUGACAUUGUUGAUAAUGUGGAGGCUUCUAUGUUUUAUAGGGAUGGUAGUGAAUCCGAGAACGGUGGAGAAGCUUAUGGGGUGUUGAAUUUGAACAAGAGUCCUUUUUGGUCUUUUGAUGGCGGUGAGGUCAAGAAGCCUGGUCAAACUGUGUCGAAGGGGCAUAAGAAUUAUGAUCUCAUCCUUAAUUUGCAACUGGGUAUCAGAUUCACCGUUGCCAAGUAUGCUUCCAUUGUGAGAGAGCUUAGGCCUGGGGAUUUUGAUCCCAAGGAGAAGUUCUGGACGAGGUUCCCGCCUGAAGGGUCUAGGAUUACACCCCCGCAUCACUCAGUGGACUUCAGAUGGAAAGAUUAUUGUCCCAUGGUGUUCAGACAUCUAAGGGAAUUAUUUGCCAUAGAUCCUGCGGAUUACAUGUAUGCUAUUUGCGGAAGUGACACACUUAGGGAGAUGUCUUCUCCUGGCAAAAGUGGAAGCAUCUUUUAUCUCACUCAAGAUGACCGGUUUAUAAUCAAGACCGUCAAGAAGUCUGAAGUCAAGGUGCUGAUCAGGAUGCUUCCAAGUUACUACCAACAUGUUUGUCAGUACAAGAACUCCUUGGUAACGGCAUUCCUGGGCGUACAUUGUGUCAAACCUGUUGGAGGUCAAAAGAUCCGGUUUAUAGUUAUGGGCAAUGUGUUUUGUUCGGAGUAUCGGAUCCAUAAGAGAUUUGACCUCAAAGGUUCUUCUCACGGUAGAAUGACGGAUAAACCGCGUGAGGAGAUUGAUGAGACUACCACUCUCAAAGACCUUGAUCUGAAUUUUAUCUUUCGUCUGGAACAGUCUUGGUUUCAAGAACUUAAAUGGCAACUUGAUAGAGACUGUGAGUUCCUGGAAGCAGAGGGAAUCAUGGAUUACAGUCUUCUGAUUGGCCUUCAUUUUCGUGAUGAUGACUCGGUUGAUGAAAUGAAAAGUUCACCAUGUUAUUUGAAUUCAGGCAAGAGAGACAUGCAUGAUGAUGAGAUGCACAUAUGCCGGGGACCUCUAAUCAGGCUGGGAAUGAACAUGCCUGCAAGAGCUGAGAGGGUGUGUAAGGCGGGAUUGGAUCAGCAGACGGGUAGUGGAAGCAGCAACUCUAUCCCUUCACGGAGCUGUAGUGAGAUCUCUGAUGUAAUCCUCUACUUUGGUAUCAUUGACAUUCUCCAAGACUACGAUAUUAGCAAAAAGAUAGAACAUGCAUACAAGUCAUUGCAAGUGGAUCCCACUUCCAUCUCAGCCGUUGAUCCCAAGCUAUACUCCAAGAGGUUUAGGGAUUUCAUACACAGAAUCUUUGUAGAGGAUAAAUGACAAGCUUGGAGACAAAAGACUAUGGGAGAAGUGAACCGGGACCAACUCUGGCAUGCUUAGGUGACACCCCAUGAUCCAUGAAAUGUUGCAAACAUGGGUGAUUUAACACUGAUGUUGGUGUUGAAAUUAGAUCCACAAGAUUGGAAUAUAAUAUGGUUGUA